GCGGGUCCCGGCCAUGGCCUCGGAGGCGCGGCUCGCGGCGGUGACCUGCUCCGCGCCGGUCAACAUCGCGGUCGUCAAGUACUGGGGAAAGCGCGAUGAGAAGCUGAUCCUGCCCAUCAACUCCUCCCUGAGCGUCACUCUGCAUCAGGACCAGUUGAAAACCACCACGACGGCCGCCAUCAGCAAGGAUUUCACCGAGGACCGGAUCUGGCUGAACGGCCGGGAGCAGGAUGUGGGGCAGCCGCGCCUGCAGGCGUGUCUGCAGGAGAUCCGCAGGCUGGCCCAGAAGCGCAGUAGUGGAGGCAGCAAGGACCCGCCCCCCAGCCUCAGCUACAAGGUCCACGUGGCGUCGGAGAACAACUUUCCCACGGCGGCUGGCCUGGCCUCCUCAGCCGCCGGCUACGCCUGCCUAGCCUACACGCUGGCCCGCGUCUAUGGGGUGGAGGGUGACCUUUCGGAGGUGGCCCGCCGCGGCUCGGGAAGUGCCUGCCGGAGCCUGCACGGAGGCUUCGUGGAGUGGCAGAUGGGGGAGCGGGCGGACGGCAAGGACAGCGUCGCCCUGCAGGUGGCUCCCGAGUCUCACUGGCCGGAGCUCCGCAUCCUCAUCCUGGUGGUGAGUGCCGAGAAGAAGAUGACCAGCAGCACGGCGGGCAUGCAGACCAGCGUGGAGACGAGCGCCCUGCUCCGGUUCCGCGCAGAAGCGGUGGUGCCGGCGCGCAUGGCCGAGAUGGUCCGCUGCAUCCGGGACAGGGACUUCCACGGCUUCGGCCAGCUGACCAUGAAGGACAGCAACCAGUUCCACGCCACCUGCCUGGACACCUUCCCGCCCAUCUCCUACCUCAAUGACAUCUCGCGGCGCAUCAUCCAGCUGGUGCAUCGCUUCAACGCCCACCACGGGCAGACCAAGGUGGCCUACACGUUUGACGCGGGCCCCAACGCCGUGGUCUUCGCCCUGGACGACACCGUGGCCGAGUUCGUGGCCGCCGUGAGGCACGCCUUCCCCCCCGAGUCAAAGGGAGACAAGUUUCUGAAGGGGCUGCCGCUGCCCCCCGCCGCGCUGUCGGAGGAGCUCAAGGCCGCGCUGGCCGUGGAUCCCCUUCCUGGCGGCGUCAAGUACAUCAUCUCCACCCAGGUGGGGCCGGGGCCCCAAACCCUGGUCGACCCCCACGCGCACCCUGGCCCUGACGGCCUGCCCAAGCCAGCCGUGUGACCGCCGCUGCGCCGGAGCUGCCGCUGGGGAGGGCACUGCG